GAGGGAAGCGUAUCUCACCUGUAAGCUGAGACUCAGAGGACACCUGUCCGAACCAAGAUGACUCACCUUAACACAGCUUCAACAGGACUACUACAAAACUAGGAAACCAAGACGUCAACUCACCUGACAGAUUCAAACUUCGACAGAAGAGACAGGCAGCAGAUGUGAAGAUGGCUUUAGCCAGCGGUCACUGGCUGGAGAAAGAAAUAAGAGGAGAAGCUCCGAGUCCAAGACAUGGCCAUGCUUUGGCGGUGGCAGGAAACGUUGCCUUUCUUUUCGGAGGAACCUCCAGGAUCAACCAAGAGGAGGACCGUCAUGCUUACUUCAAUGACUUCUACAUGCUGACAGUUACUCCUGAUGAUGUAACGUGGGAGGAGAUUCCUCAGAGUGGAGAAGUUCCCUCAGCCAGAGCAGGACACACUCUCUGUGUGGUUAAGGGAAGCCUGUACCUAUUUGGAGGAGCUUCCAGUCCAAACGCCACCGAAUGUCUCCCAGGAGUCUACAGCUUCGACAUAGUGUCUCUGACCUGGGAGUGUUUGCUAACUGGAGGUUUGGCCCUCAGAGCCCUCAGAAACAGCUCUGUGGCCGUUGGAGAUAACAUCUACGUCUACGGAGGCGUUCUAGACGGGAAUCCAACGGACGACCUCAUGGUCUUCAACACGGUUUCUCUAACCUGGACUCCGGUGAAAACAAAUGGAUUGCCGCCUCCUGCUCUCUGGGGUCAGAGUUUUGCUCUGGUCGGUGAUCAGGUGUUCAUGUUUGGAGGUUAUGGAUCAGGAGGAGAAUUCUGCAAAGACGUUUAUGUUCUGAGUACAGAGAACCUUCUGUGGCAGAAAUGGGAGGUUAAAGGAGAAUCACCAGCAGCCUGCAGUGGACAAACUCUGACUGCACACCACGACAAAGACAUCUACCUGUUUGGUGGCAAAAGCACUAAUGAGGACGGUGUGAUGGCGUCCUACAAUGAAAUCCAUAAACUCAGUAUCGCUAAGAUGAAGUGGAAGGUUCCUCUGUAUGUUGGGAUUCCUCCAAGCCGUCGACAUGCUCACACUGCCUUCAUCCUCCACAGCCAUCUGUAUGUGUUUGGAGGAAAGAAUGAAGAGCAGGAUUUUAAUGACCUGAAAGUGAUGAAGCUCAUUAACCCAUCAGAGAGGCAACCAGUCAUGAAGGAGAUUCUGUCAGAGUUCGGCCUGCAGGGCGUCAGCCACAGCUUCACGCCUACGAAGGUUCCCAACGUUCGCUAUGAGCUCAGUGAUUCACCUCCGUCCAACCAGCCCAGGAACUCUGCAGCUAACGCACAGGUGUUUGUCCACAGAGACUUCAGUGCAGUUCGAGAUCAGGCCAUGAAGAUGAUCCAGACGGCCUUCACUCUGCUGGACCAGGAGUUCCAGAAACUGGAUCAAGAGAAGUCCGAGUUGUCUAAAGCUGCUGCAGCUCUGCAGAGAGAAAAAGCCGCUCACGAAGCUCACAGAGAGCAACAACAACAGGAGCUGCAGGAGAUGCUGGACAGGCAUCGCUCUCAGAAUGAAUCGUGGCUUCGAGCAAGAGCUGAGGAGAACGACCGAGAACGGAGGGAGCUGUGCAGACUCAGAGAGGAGGUGUUGCAGGACCAGGAGAGGCUGAAGGAAGAGCAGAGCAGCAUCCAGAAACGCAGCGAACAUCUUCUAUCCAUCAUGCAGCAGUUCAAAGGAAUGUAGACGGUUCCACGUUGACGUUUAGACCAGCUGGUGUU